UACUUGUGGUCGUACACGCAUUCCUGUUUUAGGAAAACUUGGGACUUUUGAAACUUGUUCCCUGAGACGAAUUCCUCUUAGAAACUUUUCAGAAACGCCGGCGUAUUUUGCUUCAAAGGAUGGUGCAAGCAAGGAUGGUUCUGGAGAUGGAAGCAAGUCUGUCGGUGAGGGGGGUGGUAAGAAGUCAAGCUCUGGAAGCUCUGGGAAAGGAGGGAACCAGCUACGCUGCCCCAAGUGCGGUGACUUGUGCACGCACGUGGAGACCUUCGUGUCUUCCACCCGUUUCGUGAAGUGUGAAAAGUGCCACCACUUUUUCGUGGUGCUGUCGGAGGCCGACACAAAAAAGAGCAUCAUUAAGGAGCCCGAGUCAGCAGCAGAAGCUGUGAAAUUGGCAUUCCAGCAGAAGCCCCCACCUCCACCCAAGAAGAUUUAUAACUACCUCGACAAAUACGUUGUUGGUCAGUGUUUUGCCAAGAAGGUGCUUUCAGUUGCUGUGUACAAUCAUUACAAGAGAAUCUACAAUAAUAUCCCAGCUAACCUGAGGCAGCAAGCAGAAGUUGAAAAGCAGACUUCUUUAACACCGAGAGAAUUAGAAAUCAGAAGACGGGAGGAUGAGUACAGAUUUACAAAACUGCUGCAGAUCGCUGGAAUCAGUCCACACGGGAACGCUUUAGGAGCAUCGAUGCAGCAACAAAUGAACCAGCAGAUACCUCAGGAAAAACGGGGAGGAGAAGUACUAGAUUCACCCAAUGAUGACAUAAAACUUGAAAAAAGUAAUAUUUUGCUGCUUGGACCAACUGGAUCAGGUAAAACCUUGCUGGCUCAGACUCUAGCUAAAUGCCUAGAUGUGCCAUUUGCUAUCUGUGAUUGUACCACCCUCACUCAAGCUGGCUACGUCGGGGAAGACAUUGAAUCUGUCAUUGCGAAACUCCUGCAAGAUGCCAACUACAACGUAGAAAAAGCUCAGCAAGGAAUUGUUUUUCUGGAUGAAGUAGAUAAGAUCGGCAGCGUUCCUGGUAUUCAUCAGUUACGGGAUGUCGGAGGAGAAGGAGUUCAACAAGGCUUGUUAAAAUUACUAGAAGGCACAAUAGUAAACGUUCCAGAAAAGAAUUCCCGUAAGCUACGUGGAGAAACGGUGCAGGUUGACACAACAAACAUCCUCUUUGUAGCUUCUGGUGCUUUUAAUGGUCUUGACAGAAUUAUCAGCAGGAGGAAAAAUGAAAAAUAUCUAGGAUUUGGGACACCAUCUAAUAUGGGAAAAGGCAGAAGGGCUGCAGCAGCAGCUGAUCUGGCAAAUAUAAGCGGCGAGUCCGAUCCGCAUGAAGAUAUUGAGGAGAAGGAUCGUUUGCUGCGUCACGUGGAAGCCAGAGAUCUCAUUGAGUUCGGCAUGAUUCCCGAGUUUGUGGGACGGUUGCCUGUUGUGGUUCCUCUGCACAGCCUUGAUGAGAAAACCCUUGUGCGGAUUCUUACCGAGCCACGAAAUGCUGUGGUUCCUCAAUACCAGGCACUGUUCAGCAUGGAUAAGUGUGAAUUAAAUGUAACUGAAGAUGCGUUGAAGGCUAUAGCCAGACUGGCCCUGGACCGAAAAACUGGUGCGAGAGGUCUUCGUUCUAUAAUGGAGAAGCUGUUGCUGGAGCCCAUGUUCGAAGUGCCCAAUUCUGACAUUGUAUGCGUGGAAGUUGACAAAGAUGUUGUAGAAGGCAAGAAAGAGCCAGGAUACAUUAGGGCUCCCACUAAAGAUUCAUCUGAAGAAGAGUACGACUCCGGCGUCGAGGAAGAAGGCUGGCCGCGACAAGCAGAUGCUGCAAACCAUUAAAUACUGUCAGAACGCUCGCCCGCGUGAAGCGCACUUGGUUAUUUCCUUACGAUUGCCUCUGGCUUCGGUCUGAUAUUGGAUCUCUCUCGGCUCUGAUAAGGAACUUUUAUUAGAUAAAUCAGAUUGCGUAUUUUAUUGCAACACCGCGUUGAUUGAUUGGAUGGACAUUGUGUGGACUCGAGUGACAUAAUGUUCAAAUAUGAAUUGUAUAUUACACUCGUUCGAUUAAAAUGUAUAGCAAAUAC